UUUUCAGUUGUUUACUCAACCGAUAGCUGAAUUCAGCACAUCCCUAGUGGAGAGCUGAAAGAAAAUGGCGAUAGAAUUUUUUUGGUGUUGAUUUGUUUAUUAUCCGUUCGUCUUUGAUUGUUCAAUGAAAAGCCUUAAAAAUUAGCCAACUGCUGGUGAAAAAUGUACAACUAGAGUGUGUGUCGUGUGCGCGAGAGUGUGUGUAGUAGCUCAGUAGCUCCGCGAUGAUUAGCGCAAUGGACAAUUUCGACAACAGAUCGUACGGUGCCAUAUCAAAGGGGCGCAGUGAAUUCUCAAUGCCAGAACUUACACCGGAGCAGCAAAAACUGCUGAUUGAGCUGCGACGCAAGAAGCAGGAACUUUUACUCGAAAUACAGAUCAAUAAAAAUUGCGGGAGAGUAGUUUGCAUCGAACUCUUAUAUGCAACUCCUAUACGACCGAACCAAAACAACUUGUUUGACGUCUCCCUCAGUCUGAGUCUGAGAGCCCUCGCAACAUGUUGAGGUGACGGAUACGGAACCGUCGGAGUGCGCGGCCUUUUAAACUGAACCUGAAUAUUAAUUUCUUUACUUUACUCUUUUCGUUCGCAUUCUUUCCACUUCUCAAGUGCCAACAAUUUCAUGAAUCACACACACAAAACGUGGAAUGAAAAAUAUAUUUUAGCUCGCAGCUUCUGUUGUUUGUAUUGGAUGAAAUUCCAAGGCUUUGCUGCAAAAAUAAUCCAAUAUUAAUAUUUAAUAAUAACCUUUGGUUUGUUUUCGCUAGCCAUGUGUAAUAAAUAAGUCGGCUCAUAUGGAAAUAUUAAGAGCAAGCAGAUAAAAGUGUCAUCUUAUCUUAUCUUAUUGUGUGUGCCGAUAGUGAAAAAAACACGUCAUUACACUUUAAGAGAAUAACCAUUUUUACCCAGAAGUCGCUUGGCAGCGCAAAUUGCAAUAAUUUGCAGACUGCCAUUUGAAUCAACGGAAUAUUCCAUCGGAGAACCAGAACCAUGGAGAGGCAUGCUUAAGGUCCGCAUUUUUUUCCGAGGAAGUGAGAAAUUGUGCAAGAAGGAUGGCAUCCCUCCAUCAGAAGCGUCCCAGCAUAAGUAACUGGUUCUCCUCGCUUCGUCGGCAGCCCAAAAACAAGAAGUGCUCCCCCGGCUUGGGAGGAAGUGAAAGUGUUGGCAGAAAGCAGCCAUUGCAGAGGAGCUGCCUUGACCUAUCCACGACGCGAGUUGGUUGCGAUGGUUGUGUAAGUUUGGAGUUCUUUCAAUCGGAAUCCCCUGAAAGUCGGCGAAGCAACAGCACUUUCUAUGUCAACACCCAAAAUGUAUCGUCUGCUGUUUUUAAAGACAAUCGUCAGCCUCUAUUGGAAAGGGGCAGCGGUAGUGAUAGUAGCCCUAGCAGCGUUUGCGUUCGAUGCUCAUGCAAUUCGAUAACGAAAAGCGGGGACAGAAAUGAAACACCUACAAUGGCCACGCCUAAGUCGGACAUUAAGAUCGCGCUGAAACCUCCACCCAAGCCCCGCUCCCCUUCCAUGGCUCCCUACACUAGUGUGGCUACAUAUAACAUCACGAAAUUAGCGCCGGACAGCCCACCCCCCGCCAGCCCCACAUUAAGCACUCAAACCGUAAAUUGCAGCGAUGUAACCACGAAGGUCACAGAGGUACAGCGCCUACCCUGCGAUGAACCCAACACUGAACUCAUAAGCAAGCGAACGGAGUACAAGCACACAACCAUCACAACAACGACAAGAACAUUAAUUGUGUCGCGACCCGUGGAACUGCUUUUAAAUGAAAAUGGCGAAAUAAUCGCAAGGCGAUCCCCCCGCAAAUCGCGCUCUAAUUCCCUGGGCCGCAUGCUUGACGUGCAGAAUGAAAUUGGAACUGGCGGGUUGUUUAUGGAAGCGGAUCCUUGUUCGAAAAACAGUUUACCGCCUCCACCCUAUAUCGACGAUAUGCGCUUCAUUGAUGACAGCUCCAACUCACAAAGUGAGUCCGAGCGGAACUCUAACAUACACAAAACCAACAAAUAUACUUCAAAGAAUAAUAACAACGACAGCAAGCGGGAGAGCCAGCAAUCGAAUCUGUGCGAGAGUUGCCGCAUGCUUCUCGAUCGAAAUUACAUAAAUACUGAACAGAGUGACAAUCUAGUCAUCCUCAGGCGACCAUCAAAGCAAAUUAAAGAUGAGUUGUGCGAGGUUGUAUCGGAAAUGGAGGCGCUGGAUGUGCCCGAAGACUGCAAGCAUUCCAAUAAAGAUAAACAGAUGUCCAUUGGCCGUAAAAAGUUUAACAUGGACCCAAAAAAAGGCAUUGAGUAUCUCGUUGAAAACAGGCUGCUACGUCAUGAUCCCCAGGACGUUGCCCACUUUCUCUAUAAGGGAGAGGGACUAAAUAAAACAGCCAUUGGCGAUUACCUCGGCGAGAAAAACGAUUUUAAUGAGGAUGUGCUUAAGGCUUUUGUGGCGCUUCACGAUUUCACCAAUCUCAUUCUCGUACAAGCCCUCAGACAAUUUCUGUGGUCGUUUCGCCUGCCCGGCGAGGCACAAAAGAUCGAUCGCAUGAUGGAGACCUUCGCACAGCGCUACUGUCAACUAAAUCCAGAUAUAUUCACCAACACGGACACAUGCUAUGUGCUCAGCUUCGCAAUUAUAAUGCUAAAUACCUCACUACACAAUCCAUCUGUUAAAGACAAACCCACCGUUGAUCAAUUCAUAUCGAUGAAUCGUGGCAUCAACAACGGCGGAGAUUUGCCCCGUGGCCUGCUGGAAUCCCUUUACGAGUCAAUUCGAACAGAGCCAUUUAAAAUACCACAGGAUGAUGGAAAUGAUUUGAUGCACACCUUCUUCAAUCCCGACAAGGAGGGCUGGCUGUGGAAGCAAGGCGGCAGAUACAAAUCGUGGAAACGACGUUGGUUCAUUUUGAACGAUAAUUGCUUAUACUAUUUUGAAUACACAACGGAUAAGGAACCACGCGGAAUUAUACCGCUGGAGAAUAUAUCGGUGCGCGAGAUUCACGAUCGCAGCAAACCGCAUUGCUUUGAGUUGUUUGCGACGGGCGGUGCUGAUAUAAUCAAGGCAUGCAAGACUGACUCUGAGGGCAAAGUGGUAGAGGGCAAGCAUACGGUGUACCGCAUGUCCGCUGCCACGGAGGAAGAUCAGCAGGAGUGGAUCAAGCGUUUGACGCAGUCCAUAAGCCAUAAUCCGUUUUAUGACAUCCUGGUACAAAGAAAGAAAAAGGCACUCAGCAAGAGUUAAUACUAACAAGCAGCUCGGCGAAUCUUUUGUCUUGGAUCUCAGUGAAACUCUGCUACUCGCUUGUGUUGCUCUCUACCCCUUUUUACACAAGUGCAAAUGCAUAUACCAAUUAUAUACGUUGUUAUGUGAGAGUAUUUCCAUGUUGAACCAAUGCCUGUAAUUGUUUUACCUUCCGCAUUGGCACAAUCCCAAAUAAUGUCUUUGUAUUUUGUUUGAUUGACUCGAAACAAGCCAUCACACGCCGACGCACUUUGUCUCUAUUGUUGUGAUAUAACUUAUAAAAAAUUAGCAUAACCAAAAUUAAAAUAAUUUAAAAUGGCGUAAAGUAGAAAUACACAUUUAUUCACAUUUCAUUAGUGCAAAUUUUAGUUUAGUUUCAUUAUAGACAUAAGUCUUCGAAUAUGGGUUUAAAUUUGCCUUUUAUAGCCUAAGUUGUCCCACAACCCUCUAUUAUUAAAAACAUAUCCCAGCCGCCAAACGCUGUUCUUUAUCUAUAUGUUUAUAUAUUUGAUGCAAAUGAAAAUAGCAUACAAAUGUUGUUUGACAAUUGUUGUAAAAAAAUUGCUAACAGCGAAUAAACUUUAAAAAAUUUUUAAGAAAAAAUUGUUAAAUUAAUAAAUGCAAUUCUUAAAUUAGUUUAGACGGCAAAUUAUGUUCUUUCUGAGAAUUUGGACUACGUGACAUAGUUUUUAUUGAACCAAAGAUCGAAUUUAAACUAUUAUUACUAUCAAUACCAACUUUCACCACAAUACACACUUUUUAUAUGUUGAAAAAAUUUAUUAUAAAAUAUAUUUUAUUCAACGUUUGCUAAUUUGAAUAAAGGGAGACAGGCCAAGCGCAACAUGUUUGGCAGAGUAAAACGCAUGCAAUAACUGUUUAAAAGAAUGUAUAAAUUGCCCGUUGAUGUGUAAGCAAAAAACUAUAAGUCAAAAAAUCAUCAAACAAGAACUCUGUUGCCAGCACUGAUUUUAUAGUAGCCUAAAGAUGCUAUUAGAAAAUAGUUAUAGUAAAUUGUGUGUCGUGGCGCUGUGAUAUCAUUGAUAGGAAAGAGCUUCUGUGUUGAGACUGAAAAAACAUUGAUCGCUUCACAUUUAAUUGUUAUUACUCUUGUUACAUGCGUUGACUGGCACGGCUUACUGACGUCUAAUCUUAAUGAGUUUUCAAUUAUGAAUUAUUUGGAAAUUGCAGUACCACAACUAAUUGCAAUAUUAUAAAUACUUUAGUUUGAUUUGUACAUAUACACUGCUGUGCACUAUCCAUUUCGUAUACAGAAAAUAACACCUUGUCUUGUACAUAACGUACAAAAUUAUUUAAAGUGGUUAUCCUAUACGGGCAGUUAGUCCCUUUGCUAAUCUCAAGAUUGUGCGUUUUAGCAUUUCCAAUAUAAAGAAAUAAAAAAUGUUUAUGUAUCGUGAUGUUGAAUAUAAAGGACGGCGGUAAAUAUAGUGUAGAUUAGUACUUUGUAUACUUUGCUUUAAAACUAAUUACAUAAAAUAAUAUUAAUAUAUCAAAGAAUAUUUUAUAAAGUUUAUAAAAAAAAUU